AUGCAGCAGGGGAAAAGUUCUAUUCCAUCGUCCAGUUCAGGAUUAAUUAUUCUCUUAUUAUGUGCUUUCAUUUUAUCAGCAAAUUCUUUUACCUUAAAAAGGCAAGGUUCAACAUGGCGUCCUGUGGUGCUAAUGCAUGGAAUUACAUCGAGUGCAGAUGAUAUGAAUGAAUUAGGUUCUUGGCUAACAGACUCUUUCCCUGGCAUUUAUGUAAAAUCGAUCGAAAUUGGAAAUGGAAAGGAUGAUUCAUUUUUAAUGCCAAUGAAUAGCCAAGUGGCACAAUUUUGUGCAAAAGUUAAGGCAGAUCCACAUUUUAAUAAUGGUUUCAAUAUACUCGGAUUCUCUCAAGGAAGUUUGAUUGUUCGAGGUGCUGUUGAGAGAUGUUCAUUUCCAAAUGUUUAUAACUUGAUUACAAUAAGUGGAGCUCAUGCUGGUAUUUUUGGUAUACCGUAUCUUGAAGAUUUACCAGCACAUUUUCGAGAAUUAAUUUCAAAAUAUGCAUACACGGAUAUAGCACAAGGAAUGCUUUCUAUCUCUGGUUAUUGGCGCGACCCAUAUAAUUUAGAUACCUAUCAUAAAAAAUCACAAUUUUUAGCUGAUAUCAAUAAUGAAGAUUUAACACCAAAUGAACUUUAUCGUCAAAAUUUACUCAAAUUAAAUGCAUUCGUCAUGACUUAUUCAGAUUUAGAUGAAAUUAUUACACCAAGACAAUCGGGGUGGUUCAUGGGAUAUCAAACGGACACGCUCAAAGUCGAACUAUGGAAUUCAUCGAAAGUAUUUCAAGACGAUUUAAUCGGCAUGAAGACAUUAUUAAACACUGAUCGAUUACAUGUUUAUACAUCACACACUAAACAUAGAGAAUCAACUCAUGCACCAAAUAAAGAAUUUUUUUUCAAAAAUAUCCUUCAAUACUUUAAUAAUACCUUGUAA